AUGAAGGAACAUGUCAGAUACGGGUCUUGUCCCAACUACAACAAUGAAGUCGCGCAAAUUUCUCGUAGAGUAGAUCAUCAAGUGCAGCAGCUUGGGGGUAGAACCAGCGUUUCCCACAGUUCCAUCACUUAUGUGAAUCGAGGUGACGAUCAGGUGUCGCUUCGAAGAAGGAUCGUAGAACUCAACCGAGAGAACGGGAGCCUGCAUCAUGAGGAUAAGUACUUUGCUACACUGGCUAACGAUGUACUAGUAUCUCUUAAAUCUUCGAUCCAGUCUUGUCUAUCCAAAAUCCCUGACGCUCUGCUCUAUGAUAACACAGCUACCUUGCACGGCAGCGAAGUGGGGAGUAGCACCUCGCAAGUGUUCAGGCGCCAACGCCCGCAUACUGACCCUCUCUUGAGCCUCAAUCAGUGUAAGGCUCAAAUUGACGGUUUCGCUAAUGCACAAGACCGCCAGGUAAAUUUGGUGUCUUCCUGGUGUAAGGGUGCAAGAAACCGUCCCUUACCGCCGACUCCACACCCAAUGUCGAAGUCUAUGCUCGAGAAGUUGGAGAUUAAUCUCAUAAGACAAAAUGGGAUGAUGAGACAAUCAAUCGCAUUGAAUAGAAAGCUCGUUUAUCGGGUGCUGCUGCGUUUGGUUUCUCAGAUACGACAAUUGGCUCUGCGCUCCGAUCGGUUGUCACAGAGGCAAACCUCUUGA